AUGCUGACGGCGCAUGACUUCCCGUCGGGCCACGUGGCCGAGGCGGCAGGGAUGGACGUGGUGUUGGUCGGGGACAGUCUGGCGAUGGUGGCGCUGGGGAUGGAGGACACGAGCGAGAUCGUCAUGGAGGAGAUGCUGCUGCAUUGUCGGAGUGUGGCGCGGGCGGUGAAGGGGGCUUUUACGGUGGCCGAUUUGCCGAUGGGGUCGUAUGAGGUCUCUCCGGAGCAGGCGUUGCAGUCGGCGAUCCGCAUCGUCAAGGAAGGGCGGGUGCAGGGGGUCAAGAUCGAAGGUGGGGAGGAGAUGGCGCCGACGAUCCGGCGCAUCACGCAGGCGGGGAUCCCUGUGGUCGGACACGUCGGGCUCACGCCGCAGCGGCAGCAUUCGCUGGGCGGGUUCCGCGUGCAGGGCAAGUCGACGGCGGGCGCGCUGCGGCUGCUGCGCGACGCGCGGGCGGUGCAGGAGGCCGGCGCGUUCAUGAUGGUCGUCGAGGCGGUGCCCGCGGAGAUCGCCGCCAUCGUCACCCAGAAGCUGCGCGUGCCCACCAUCGGCAUCGGCGCCGGAAAUGGCUGCUCCGGCCAGGUGCUGGUGCAGAUCGACAUGACCGGCAACUUCCCGCCGGGCCGCUUCCUCCCCAAGUUCGUCAAGAAGUACGCCGAUGUCUGGGGCGAGGCCAUCAAGGGCAUCGAGCAGUAUCGCGACGAGGUCAAGAGCCGCGCGUAUCCGUCGGAGGAGAUUGCCGGCUUAAAGUUGGGUCUAAGUGUAUUGGGAAGGGUUAGGCCUUGGGCCACUGUGCAGGAGAUAGCUGGCGGGCUGAAAAAUGAGGAAUUGUAA